ACCGAAUGGAGAGAGAGUGCGGUUCUCCCCGCAAGGACGGAGAAAUCGAGGAAGGAAGAGAAGAGGUGGAAAUGGAAGGGAACAACUUCGUCGGCGGCGGUGGCGGUGGCGGCGGCAGUGGAGGACCAGGCGGAGGAGGAGGAGGAGGAGGAGGAGAGGACUUCGCCGUCGGAUGCAUCCUGUCGAUCAAAACCACUCUUGGCGACGAAUUCGACGGCCAAGUCAUCACCUUCGAUCCGCUCUCUAACAUGCUUGUCCUUCAAGAGGGCACCAAACCGGUAUCGGGUCCGAAGCGGAACAUAAGGCUAUUGAAGGCCAAUUAUAUAAAGGAGUUUGCAUAUUUGGGCCAAGCCGAAGACCCUCUUGAUAUCAAGAGGUGUUACCUCGAUCUCAAUGCCCUCCAAGCUCGAGAAGAGUCUGCCAUUAGGCAGGCGGAGAUAGAAGCUGAGAGGAUUGGCGUGGGUGUUACGGCAGAGGCACAGAAUAUUUUUGAUGCAUUGUCAAAGACCCUUCCUGUUCGUUGGGACAAGACUGUCAUAGUUGUGAUGAAUGAAGUGCGUGUUAGUAGCCCAUAUCUCCCUGAAUCUGUUACUGGAGGAACUCCUGCUGCCAAUGAUCGAGUGAGGAAAGUGCUUGAGCUUGAAAGGAAGAGGUUGCAAGCUCGAGGUAGCAGUCAGUGAUGGUUGCACCUUUGUGCGGGUAAGCUGGUGGGGCAGCUGUCUGGUUUUACAUCAUAAACUUCAGAUGUGACUUUUGCGGGACUUACUCGGCGUAUUUAUUUCUGGAAGUAGCUACCUGCCAGCCGACGGUGAUACACCUUCUUGCCGACUUGAUUUAGCUAGUAACUGAGGUCUUCAAGUUAGCGAUUGUGCUAGUCUGAAAGUGCGCUGUCUCCCUGGCCUGUUUCUUAUUGUAAAAAUUCUAAGCACAAUACUAUUCAGAGCUGAUCCCAUGUUCCUGAGCAAUAGGUUAGGUUCUUAGAAAAAUUGGAAUUGAAGACACUGUAUAUAUCCAGCCAUUGCUAACUCGGGGUCACCAGGACUGUCUUCCUUCUUUGCCACUUCCUUUGACUUUUGAUUUAAUCUGGCAUCUUGGGUCCAUGUCUGAGAAAAGCGAUGGCUUGAAACUGCUGUGUGGACCCGAAAUUGAUUGAAAUAGUCUGGGUUUAGCACACUAAGAAUGAACGAUCUGUUAAAACAACUUAUGCAUAUACGUGGAUGUGGACUAUGGAUUGUGGAUUGUGGGGACAACUUUGAUGGACGGUUCUGUUGGCAUCGCAAAGCGAUGAUUCAGAAAGGUGAGACUUUGCACGAAAGGAAUGUGGAAACAUGCCACACUUGAGAACUUUCCUACGUAUCAUAUCCAUGCAUAUAAUAUAUUUUUCUGGGUGGUUGAGAUUUAUUGUGACGGGUGGCCACUAUGGGCUGCUGUAUGCUUGCUAUUGCUAAUAUUUAAGAAAGGUAAUCGAGCGAGUGAGCUUCGUCUCUCCUUUUUCAUUUC